AUGUCGUCUAGUUUAAACAAUCAGAAGUCAAGAAAUGGGAAGUAUCUAUGUGGCAGUUGCCAGAAAGAAUUCGUUUCGAAAAAUGGGUUAAAAUUUCAUCGAAGGAUUCACACUGGAGAGAAACUCUUUGCCUGUGAUCAUUGCAAACAACGUUUUACACAAAAAAUAAAUCUGAUUCGACAUCUCCGAACUCACACGGGAGAGAAGCCAUUCUCUUGCAACCAUUGCAAACGAAGUUUCACACUAAAACAUCAUCUGAUAAGACAUCUUCGUCUUCACACCGGAGAGAAACCGUUUUCGUGUAAUCAUUGCUCAGAAAAAUUUCGUUUUAAACGUUCUUUAAACUAUCAUAUUAUUAAACAUCAUAAUAGUAAUGAAUUUACAGGUUUAAACAAUCAGAAGUCAAGAAAUGGGAAGUAUCGAUGUGGCAGUUGCGAGAAAGAAUUCGUUUCGAAAAAUGGUUUAAAAUAUCAUCAAAGGAUUCACACUGGAGAGAAACUCUUUGUUUGUGAUCAUUGCAAACAACGUUUUACACUAGAAGGAAAUCUGAUUCAUCAUCAUCGAACUCACACGGGGGAGAAGCCAUUCUCUUGCGACCAUUGCAAACGAAGUUUUGCACGAAAAGAUUAUCUGAUAGGACAUCUUCGUCUUCACACCGGAGAGAAGCCAUUCUCGUGUAAUCAUUGCUCAGAAAAAUUUCGUUUUAAGCCUUCUUUAGAUUAUCACAUUAUUAAACAUCAUAAUACAUCAUUUUACUUCCUGAGGCGUGAAUACAGAAUAUUUACAUAUUCGAUUAGCAAUAAAUUCAAGGGAGUUUCGGUUUUAAUGAUCUUAUCAUAUUUUACAGGAUUAAACAAUCAGAAGUCAAUAAAUGGGAAGUAUCGAUGUGGCAGUUGCCAGAAAAAAUUCACUUCGAAAAAUGGGUUAAAAUAUCAUCGAAGGAUUCACACUGGAGAAGGGCUCUUGUCUUGCCAAUACUGCAAUCGUCAGUUCGCCCAAUCCCGCCAUCUACGUGAACACAUCAAGAUUCACACCGGAGAGAAACCCUUUGCCUGUGAUCAUUGCAAACAACGUUUUACACAAAAAGGAACUCUCAUUCGACAUGUUCGAACCCACACAGGGGAAAAGCCAUUCUCUUGCGACCAUUGCAACCGAAGUUUUACGCAAAAACAUCAUCUGAUAGAACAUCUUCGUCUUCACACCGGAGAGAAACCAUUCUCGUGUAAUCAUUGCUCAGAAAAAUUUCGUUUAAAAUGUUCUUUAAAGUAUCAUAUUAUUAAACAUCAUAAUACUGGAUGUCUACUGUGUUCGCUCGCAUUUACGAUGGAAAAUACGUUUCAAGACGUCAGACAAUUCGUAGGAUGUGAUAUUGGACUGAAAAGAAAGAUGAAGAUAUUUACAUAUUCGAUUAGCAAUAAAUUGAAGGGAGUUUUAGUUUUAAUGCUCUUAUAUUUUACAGGUUUAAACAAUCAGAACUCAAGAAAUGGGAAGUAUCGAUGUGGCAGUUGCCAGAAAGAAUUCGUUUCGAAAAAUGGGUUAAAAUAUCAUCGAAGGAUUCACACUGGAGAAGGGCUCUUGUCUUGCCAAUACUGUAAUCGUCAGUUUAUCCAUUCCAGCAUUCUACAAAACCACGUCAAGACUCACACCGGUGAGAAAUCUUUUAUUUGUAAUCAUUGCAAGAAACGUUUUGCACAUAAAGGAAAUCUGAAUCGACAUCUUCGUCUUCACACCGGAGAGAAACCAUUCUCGUGUAACCAUUGCUCACAAAAAUUUCGUUUUAAGCCUUCUUUAGAUUAUCAUAUUAUUAAACAUCAUAAUAGUAAUGAAUAAUGACUUUUGUGCAAAUGAUUUUAGUACAUUUCUUUGAAAAAUAUCUAA